AUGCUGCCGGAAGUGGAAGUCAAGGAAGAAGGCGGGGAUGAUGGUACAGAUCUAGAGGAGAAGGUCACGUUCUUACGAGGUCCGAUGCGGUCAGCUCGCAGAGACAUCUAUGGAACGACCCCGUCGAGAACAUAUGGUGACGUGCCCAAGAUCCUCCCUCGUGUCAAAGCCAACUGGGGAAAAACUCUCGCCCACUGGGCGAUUCAAUUGGAGGUGUUGGGCCGCGACACUGCUCUUAUCUUUGUACGCGAGAUUCACCGAUGUGGCACGUCUCAUGCCCUACGGGAGGCGGAAGUAGACGUUAAAAUAACAACAACAACAACAACAAAAAAAGCCAACUGGGGAAAAGUGUUGAGAGGGAAGGGGGGACCAGGACGACUUGGCUUGGCGAUUCGCUACAAGGAACAAACUCUUGAGGACGGACCCGAAGAAGAUAUGUGGACAAGCGAGAGCGUGAUCGUGCUGAAGGGUCUGGAGGUUUUGGAUGAUGGUCGAAGGGUGCAGUUCAACUGGAAGAAGCUGAUGAGCAAGUUCUUGACGCCGUUUGGAGUGCAUAAUGGGUACCGUUUUGUUCCGGGGCCGGGUGUGGGAGUGAGUGAGGGUGAGAGUGAGAGUGAUUCGUAUGAUGAAGACUACGAUUAG